UCAAAGCCGUUACCGACAUCUUACUACCCCGACUAACUGUCUUAACCAAAACCCGUGUAAACCAACAACUUGUAUAUACCGUAACCGACUUCUUAAUACUUCGACUUCCAGUCAAAACCAACAACCGCGUACAUCAGAAACUUGAAUAAAGCGUUGACAACAUCCUAAUGCUCAAUCAUUUCUAAUAAAUCCAGUCAUAAUUUAAUUUACCUUACUAAUUAUCAUUUACCAACGGCAUUAUCACAUUAUCAUACACAAUAUCCUCAAAAAUAUACAAACCAUAAUUAGUUCGACCUGCUUUUUUUUAAGGUGAAAUAAAUCACGACAGUGCGUUAUCACACACGCAAACGAUUUACUCUCUGGCAACAAAUUCCUCUUAAAUCCUCGAGUAUUGACCAGAUGACUCUGAACUUCCACCACAUGCUUUCGUCAUCCAUUAAACAAAUAUACCACACGCCCACUUGAUAAACAUAAAACAACGACCUGAACGUUAAGCUCAAUGACCUCAAAAAAAAAAAUAACACAAAAAAAUUCGCACGGAAGACUGUUAAUAGGAAUGUGUCGUGUAUGAUAUUUGUCAAACAUGUAAUUGAUGGUGAUAUGCAAACUUUAAGGUUGAAAGUGUAGGAUUGCUCCCUCUGACCGAGAUGUGCCGAGUGUCGGUCACGUGUCACGAGCGUAAUGCUCGUCGCAUUAACUGGCCGGCAGAAGGAAGUUGGAGUGAGACAAGGCUCCGAGCUGAGCCUACGAUCGUUGUUGAAAUAUGAGCCCUGGAGUCACGUUGUUCCAGAAAUGUAGAGCACUCUUGUGUCAGAGACGGUCUCAGGUUAUCCGCUUCUACUUCCUCCUAUAUGGGACAACGUUCUUCCUCGUUCUACCGCUUCUAUGUCUCGAUCUUCGUCACUCUGUGUACUACUUCCGGUUGAAGAGCAGCAACCAAGAGGGAAUACGUUUGCAACGCGAGAACGAUCAACGAUUGGCUAAGACUCAACAAAUCAUACAAAUGUAUGCAGAGUCCUUAUCAAAAAGCAACAAAUCAACGCCUUUGUUACAUUCAGAAAAUAUAGACGUUGGAAUUACCGUGGUGACGGUCUCGAGGAACCGUCGAUACAAGGGAGGUUAUCAGCCUCGGCAUCUCACACAAGGUCUAGGUCGUUUGGUUGAUUUGAUAAAUACCUCCAACACGGAACUGAAAUACGGAAUAUUUUUGUGCAAUGUUGACGGUGACCCGGACAGUUAUCAUGAAGCAAAGUCAUUGAAUUCAACUUUUACAACGUUUCAGAAAUUUAAAGAAAAGCAGACAAAGUUUGUUGAUAUUUUUGAAAAAGAGAAACUUGAUUAUAUUUAUUGCAUUGAAGAGACACUAAAACGAAAUGCGUCCAAUGUAUUUAUGAUCGAGGACGAUUCCUACCCACAUUACGAUUUGUUUAUUGUCCUUGAAAAAGUUCUAAAGUAUGAUAAACAAAAGGAAAAACUGAAGACUAAUAAUGUGACUUUCAUAAAGUUUUAUCAUCCAGAACGGUUGCUAGGAUACAUAAGUUUAGAAAUGGAGAGACUUCCUGAAUUGAUUGCAUUCGGUGCUGUGUUUGGAACAGUAUUAACCGUCCUUGUUAUGUUUUGCCUGUUUAAGGAAAGUGACCAAAAUGCACAAUUGUUGUGGCUAUUAAAUGUCAUAUACUUUUCCCUUUUGGCUUUGGCAAUUGGUCGUGUGAAUUUAAUAGAACUGCGCAGGUUUUCUGCGCACAUGUACCAAUUCACCCCAUCGCCAUCAUGCUGUACCCAAGCGAUGCUUUUUCCGCAAGAUGGUGCAAUGAGUAUGGUAAAACAUCUUAAAGAGGUUACAUGUAAAACGGGGUAUGGGAAAGAUACGGCUUUGGAGGAGAUUCGAAGGAGAGGACACUACAAGGCUUUGAUGGUGCAGCCAAACUUGUUUAUACACACCGGUCUUUUUUCCACAGUUCGACAAAGAAUGGUAAACCCGUACCUUCUUGGGAAAUAAUAAAUGCUGAAUGAACAAUUCACACAUAAGCAUAAUCAUUGGAUCUACCUAUAUUUUGUCGAAUGUUGAGGGAUACCGAGCUGCAGACUGGGGAAAUAAUUUGUGCUCUUGCUGAUUAAAUAUUAAAUUCUGUUUCCCCUU